CCCCGAGCGCAUGCGCCGUCGGCUUGACAGGCACCGCUGUGCACCACUCCUUUGCUUCCUCCGUCCUUCCUGCACCAAACCCAAGGCGUUUGGUUCCACUAUCAGACAAUGGCGACAUCGUUUCUGAGGCUCGGCGUUUGCGAAACUCGACGGAUGCUACUUCUCGAGAGAUUGGGAACUUUGGAGAAAUUGAGUUUGACAGCUUUCACCACCAAAGCACCCGGGCCACAGAAGAAGAAAAUCAAGGGAGCCAGGCCCCAAGAUGUUACCCAUGGAGUUUCAGUUCAAGCCACAGAGAUGACUACCAGAGAACGGGCAAACCUCCUUUCCAGGAAAACACUGCUGAAUUUUCCCAGGAAAACUUCUGGCUUAAGACAGAUGCCACUGAGCAAGAGCAGGCAGAAGGUGGUUUACUCUGAUGCUCCUGAACACAAUGAGCAGACCGUGGCAGCCUGGCAGUCUGCUGCUGCAGAGGUGCCAGUGGAUGAUAAAGCUGCAGCUAGUGAAGAAUCUGACUCCAGCUCCGACUCUGAUGAAGAAACUAUGACUGGAGAUGCCUUAAAAAGUCCAGUUAAGUUUCUGAGACAUGAUUCCCCAACCAGGAAUACUGGGUGGAUGAAAGAAAUGAAAAAAGAGGAGCCAAGAGCCAGCAAGCCCCAGUCAGAGCCAGGAAUUGGUGUCUCCAGCAGCUCUGUGAGAGAAUUGCCCACUCAACUGAGCACUACGGUGGGAGGACAAGAAGCACAAGUUGCCCAUCCCAAAGCAGGAGGCCAAAGGAGCCACACUGAGGCUGUAGCAACAUCUCCAGAUACCAAAAUCGCCAACAAGGAAGGCAGCUUACAAAGGGCAGAGUUGCAGAGUGAAACAUUGAGAGAGCACAAGGCAGAGCAGGAGGUGAUAGAAGAUUCCUGGGCCACAUCUUCAGCCAAUGCUACAGAUACGUCAAUGGGAAUAAAGGGGUUAACGUAUGGGGUACAUCUGGCAACUUUGGGCCUGCGCUCAUUGGAAUUUCGAAGAAUGCAGGGGUAUCUCAUGGAAAUCUACCAAAUGUUGAAAGAAUUUGGUAGGGUGGAUGUGGAAAAGAUGUUUCCUGUGGGAAGCAGUUGUGGAGCCCAUUGAGGAAGUGUCGAAUCCUUCUACUUACAAGAACACUCAGCACCACGAUUAUACCCCACUGACCUUUAUAGACCUGGAAAUGGAGAUGGCGAAGUACAGGCUACCUCAGCCCUCCUCAGGAAGGUUGAGUCCUCUCCAGUGACUCGGCAAACUUACUACAGGCAGCAAGAAUCAGCGGUAUGAGCUAAGCUAAAUAAAGCUGUUCAUUUCACCAA